AUGGACCAAUACCCCUACUACGGCGGCCACCCCUCACAGCAGCCCUCGUUUUCGCUCUACGGGCUCCCCACGCCAAACCAGACUGCCCAAAACGAUGAUAUCCCCGGCUCGUUUGAUCCUCUGAACUAUCAGCCUCCGUUCGAUCCGUCUUUCAAUGCCACCACAGAGCAACCAUUCGGUCGCCCUCCGCAAUCCCCGCCAGACUCCUACACGAAACAGUCCGUUUCAAGCGGCGAACAUCUCGGUCCCAGUCAUUACCCAGGAUCGUUCGAAGGUCGAGAUGAAUUCCUCGCCGACCCGGGUUUGAUGCGCAGUAGCAGUGAGGAGAAAGACAAGGAGGGGCUGGCCGGCGCGCCAGCGCAGAGUAAGCGCAAGGCGCAGAAUCGAGCUGCUCAACGAGCCUUCCGCGAACGCAAAGAGCGACACGUCCGCGACCUCGAAGAAAAGGUCAACAACCUGCAGCAAGAAUCAAACACCCUGAGCGCCGACAACGACCGCCUAAAGCGCGAACUGACCCGGUACAGCACUGAGAACGAGAUCCUACGUGCGACGACAAAUGGGCCCGGCGCUGGCGGCGAAGGUGGUGACGGCCAACGACGGCCAGCAUCAUCCGGCCCAGCGCAGACAGGACCAAUGACCUACUCACCGACUGACUUCUAUUCCGAUCUUGUACCGGUGGGACAAUCGGCGCGGUUGCACCGGGUGACGUAUUGCAAGGUUUCCGGGGAGCGGCUGUACGAUGCCGGGGCGACGUGGGAUAUGAUACAUGAGCAUGAGUCGUUUAAGAAGGGGCUUGUUGACAUUGCGGGGGUGACGAGGAGGUUGAAAAAUGCUGCGCAGUGUGAUGGGCAGGGUCCUGCAUUUCGGGAGUGCCAUAUACAAAAAGCGAUCGAGGAGAGUGCGUUGGAGGACAGUGAUGGCUUAUUAUGA